AUGUUGAGGAGGGGUUUGAAAGCAGAUUCAGUUACAUUGUGUACUUUGGUUAAAGGUAUAUGUAAGGAGGGGAAGGUUUUGAGUGCAGUUCAGUUUCUUGAUAAAAUGACUGAAGAGAAAGUUGAAGUAAAGGUGCCCUCAUAUAGCAUGGUCAUUGAUUCUCUUUGCAAAGAUGGGUUGAUGAAUGAGGCACUUGAUUUUUUCUCCGACAUGAUUCAUGAAUGUAUUACCCCAGAUGUCAUUGUUUACAGUUGUUUAAUUGACGGUUUGUGUAGUUCAGGCCGGUUGAAAGAAGCUGCGAGACUUUUUGAUGAAAUGGUUGGCCGAGGGAUUUCUGCCGAUGUAGUAACAUAUAGUUCUUUGAUUCAUGGUUUUUGUCAGCUGGAUUUGUGGAAGGAAGCUACAAGAAUUUUUGAUAAAAUGGUUGGACAAGGGAUUUCACCAGAUGUUGUAACAUUUACGAUAUUAAUAGAUUGUCUCUGUAAAAAGGGGAUGGUGGGAGAAGCUAGGAUGGUGUUUGACCUGAUGAUUCUGCUAGGCAAGAAGCCUAAUGAAUUUACGUAUAAUUCGCUGAUUUAUGGAUUAUGUUUGACAGGUAGCUUGGAUGAAGCAGCAGAGCUGUUUAAGUCAAUGGAACACAGAGGUCUUGAACAGGAUGUUACUUGCUACAAUACAUUGAUUAAUGGGUAUUGUAAAGGUCGGGCAACUGAUGGAGCUAUGCGCCUCUUUCAGGAAAUGCAUGAGAAGGGGCUGAAGACCACCACUGUAACUUACAGCACACUAAUAGGAGCACUCUGCCAGGCAGAAAGCGUUAAAACCGCAAAGGGACUAUUCAAUGAGAUGCAAACUUGUGGGUUAUCUCCAAAUUUGUGUUCAUAUUCUAUACUGUUAAAUGGGCUCUGCAAAAAUGGACAGCUCGAAGAGGCAAUGGAUGUAUUUAGGUCUAUUAAGAGUGCUGGGCUUGAAACUAAUAAUGAAUUUUUCAACACACUCAUUGAUGGGAUGUGCAGAGUUGGUAAAAUAGCAGCAGCGAAGGAACAGUUUGAUGAAAUCUUGAAGAAAGGUAUGGUGCCUGAUAUUGUAUCAUAUAACAUAAUGAUCAAUGGCCUCUGCAGGAAUGGGAUGUUGUCGGAGGCCAGUAAAUUGUUCUUGCGGAUGGAAGAGGAGGGUUGCUUCCCAGCUGCCAUUUCAUUUAACAUCAUCAUUCGAGAUUUUCUCCAAGAAAAUGAGAUCACCAAAGCAAUGCAGUUCUUUAAAGAGAUGUGUAAUAAAAAUUUCUUGCCUAAUGAAGCAGUCAGUUCGACAUUACUACACCAUGUGUUGGUGAAUAAACAAUGUCAAACGGCCCUCGAGUCACUUUCUAAUUCUCGUCAGAAAGAUUUGUGA